CAGUAUUUUUUUUAUUACAAAGCGUGUAUGUGCUUUCCCUCUUUUUAUUCAUGAAAUGUGCAUAAAUAUUAUCAAAAGUGAAUUUUAUUAACACAAUUAGUGAUUAUAAUGUACUUUAGAGUGAUUUGAUUUACUACUACUAGUAAUUUUUGGACACGUGUCCAGGAAAUAGACGCAUCAAGCAGUUGAUUUGAUAAUGGCGGUCAUAGGAAUACAAGGGGAUGAUCUUGUACAAUCUGUUAGUCUACAUAAUCUACGACGGUUAAUAUUUAAUGGUUACAUAUUACCAUUUGCGACUCUACAAACAAUUUGGAUAUUUAAUUGGCUAUUUGUUUAUGGUGUUGAUAACUAUUUUCAUGAAGGUCUUGUCGGAAUAGCAGUUAUUGGGCUUUUGCAAGGCUUUCUAUGUCUCUGCUGUCAAUGGUCGGUCCACCUGUAUUGCUUCGUUAAUUGUAGUACAGCUAAAAGCCCAUAUACGGCCACAAUUGCUAAAGUUGUACCAACUCCAAAUAAUGGUAGUUCAGAACUUGUACAAUUGCAUCAAGAGAAACAGCCUUGGUUUAUUUUUCAAAAGACUAAAUACUGUUGGAAUCCUGAUAAGAAGCAAUUUGAAUGUCUACAAUUUCCUAUUAACCAUGCCAUUAAAAGCUAUUGUGAAUGGAAAGGGUACUCUGAUGAGCAAGAUGUUGCUAGUGCUGAAAAUAAAUAUGGAAAAAAUAAAUUGGACAUGGUGGUGCCAGAGGCUUUGGAACUAUUUAAAGAACGUGCAGUUGCUCCUUUUUUCGUUUUCCAAGUGUUCUGUGUCUUUUUAUGGUGUUUUGAUGAGUACUGGUAUUACAGUAUCUUCACCCUCAUUAUGCUUAUUAUGUUCGAGUAUAUGCUUGUUCAUCAGCAACUCAGGAAUAUGGCUGAAAUCCGGAAGAUGGGCAAUAAACCUUACAUGAUAACAGUUUAUCGUAACAGAAGAUGGAGAAAUAUGUUUACUGAUCAAUUAGUUCCUGGAGAUAUUGUUUCUCUAGUCAGAUCUCAUAGUGACAAUUUUGUUCCAUGUGAUAUUCUGUUAUUAAGAGGGCAAUGUGUUGUUGAUGAGAGCAUGCUCACAGGUGAAUCGGUUCCACAAAUGAAAGAACCAGUAGAAGACAUCGAUGGAGAUCAAGAAUUAGAUAUAACCAAGCACCAUAAAAUUCAUGUGCUGUUUGGUGGUACAAAGAUAGUACAGCAUACACCUCCGAAUAAGAAUACAUCAGGUUUAAGAGCUACAGACAAUGGAUGUGUCGGCUACGUAUUGAGAACAGGAUUUUCUACUUCCCAGGGAAAGCUUUUACGAACAAUAUUAUUUGGUGUCAAAAGAGUGACAGCAAAUAAUUUGGAAACUUUUGGAUUUAUUUUGUUCCUUUUAAUCUUUGCUAUUGCUGCAGCUGCCUAUGUCUGGACUAACGGUAUUGCUGAUCCUACGCGAAGCAGAUAUAAACUGUUUUUGGAAUGUUGUUUAAUUCUUACAUCAGUUAUUCCACCAGAAUUACCCAUUGAACUAUCAUUAGCUGUGAAUUCAUCACUUAUGGCUCUAUCAAAAUUAGGAGUUUAUUGCACAGAACCAUUUAGAAUGCCAUUUGCUGGAAAAAUCGAAAUAUGUUGUUUUGAUAAAACUGGUACAUUAACAAGUGAUGAUUUAGUGGUGGAAGGUAUCACAGGUAUCGGUGGAGACACUAAUGUAAUUAAUGUGGAGAAUGCCCCAAUUGAAAGUAUACAGGUAUUAGCCUCUUGUCAUUCAUUAGUACAAUUAGAUGAUGGAAUAGUUGGCGAUCCUCUUGAAAAGGCAACGUUGAAAGCAGUCAACUGGACAUUAACAAAAAAUGAUGUAGUAAUUCCUAAAAAAGGAAAAGCGCGCGUCCUUAAAAUUAUUCAUAGAUACCAUUUCACAUCUGCUCUAAAGCGCAUGUCAGUUGUAGCAGGAUACAAUCUACCUAAUUCAACAGAAUCUAAUUAUAUCGUCACUGUCAAAGGCGCACCAGAGACAUUGAAAAAUAUGUACUCUGAAGUCCCUGAUAAUUAUGAGGCAACAUACUUAUCUCUGUCUCGUCGAGGAGCAAGAGUGUUAGCUUUAGGCUACAAAAAAUUACCAACGUCAUUAACUGCUCAAGAUUUAAGGUCAAUGAUUCGAGACGAAUUGGAGUCUGAGUUAACUUUUGUCGGAUUUGUUAUCAUUAGUUGUCCUUUAAAAUCAGACUCGAGUGCUGUUAUAAAGGAAAUAAUCAAUUCCUCCCACUGUGUUAUGAUGAUAACUGGAGAUAAUCCUCUCACUGCUUGCCAUGUGAGUCGAGAGCUUAAUUUCACCAAGAAAUCUACUACAUUAAUUCUUACUAAAAAAUCUGACAAGUGGCAUUGGGAAAGUGUUGAUCAAAUGAUAACUAUACCGUUCGGUGUAGAAAAUGUAAAAGGUGAAAAGAAAAACAUUUGGAAUAGUUAUGCACUUUGUAUAACAGGAGAAGGAUUAGAUUAUUUAAAAAAUUAUGAUGACCAUGUAUUCAACAAAAUGCUACCACAUAUCACCGUUUUUGCAAGAUGUGAACCUAAACAGAAGGAAUUAAUUAUCGUGUCACUUAGACGAUUAGGCUUCAUAACUUUAAUGUGUGGUGAUGGAACUAAUGAUGUAGGGGCCUUGAAACACGCUCAAGUUGGUGUGGCAAUUCUUUCUAGUCCUUCGGAGGAGGCUGAUCAAAGCCGUGAUACACAAAAGGAAUCAAAUACUACAAUUGCUAAUGCAAGUCCUCAUAGAGGGCCAAACAAUUUAACAAGACAACAAAUGAAUAAUGCACAAAUUCAGAAAUUACUAAAAGAAAUUGAAGAACAGGAACAGACUAUUGUAAAAUUAGGUGAUGCAUCAAUUGCAGCACCAUUUACAAGUAAAAUGUCUUCAAUUCAAUGUGUAUGUCAUAUAAUUAAACAAGGAAGAUGUACUCUCGUAACAACUCUACAAAUGUUUAAGAUCUUAGCACUUAACGCAUUAGUUUUAGCGUACAGCCAAUCAGUUCUUUACUUAUCUGGAAUUAAAUUCACUGAUGCUCAAGCUACAGUUCAAGGCAUUUUAGUAGCUCUUUGUUUCUUAUUUAUUUCACGAUCGAAGCCGUUAAAAACUCUUUCUAAACAAAGACCACUGCCAAAUAUUUUCAAUCUGUAUACGAUUCUCACUGUUUUACUUCAAUUUGCUGUUCACUUUUUGUCAUUAAUUUAUUUAGUACGCGAGGCUACUGCUUAUUCCUCUGCUGAUAAUAAACUAAGAGGCAUUUUAUCUGAACCAUCACAUAGAAUACAAAAUAUUACAAAUAGCACUUUUGUAACGAAUAAUAGUAAUAGUAGUUUUAUAUCAAAUAAUCUAAAUAUUACCAAUCAUGGCUUGUUACAUAACAAUGGAGUUGAUGAAGAAAUUGAAGCCAAUAUAGUGAAUAGCGCGGUUUAUAUUAUUUCAAUGUCUCUUCAGGUAUCGAAUUUUGCAGUUAAUUACAGAGGACAACCAUUUAUGGAGAGUUUAUAUGAUAAUAAAUGUCUUUUCUAUUCCCUAUUAGGAAGUUUCGCAGCUAUAAUAGGCUUAGCUUCUGGGAUAACGUCUUUAGCGGAAACGUUAAACAUUGUUGAGUUCCCACUUGAAUUUCGCAAUAUUUUAAUAGCUGUUUUGCUCAUUAAUUUUAUCACUGCUUACGUUGUUGACCGAUUAUGUCGUUGGUUAUUUGGCGAAGGUAAAACAAGUAAAUUGUGACUUGGAAGUGAUACUAUAGAUUGAAAUUUCAAAGUCACUUUGAAUUGGAUUAAUAGGUGAAAAAAAUCAGGAUAUCUGAUAGGUAAUUCAUCCGGUAAUUAACUUAUCGGAUACAAAACGUUUUUUUUUAAAACAAUUGUUUAGAGAAAGAAUGUUAAAAUUCGAAUGAAAAAUUACUUACAUCUGGUUUAAAAAUAUCAAUGAUAAUAAUUAUAAUGAUUAUUAUUACUUAAUGGCAAUCUAAAUUCUAGGUAAUGAUAAGAGAAAUUAAACAUUUUCUACGAUUGUUACUAUGUAACAAGUAAUUAUAUGUUAAAGAUUUAGGUGAAUAAGUUUUUGAUGGUAAAUUAUUUGAAAAAAUAUAAACUCUUUAGCUUUUAAACAAUUAUUUAACACAUUUAUAAUUAUUAUAAUUAUCAAAUAGAUGUGUUAUAUAAUAAUUCAUUAACAAAUAUAAAAUAAUCAACAUUCCAUUUUUUUUAAAAAGCCUUUAUAGUAGAUUGAUGCUAGUGGAUUUCGUGCAGUUGAUGAAAAUAAAUCUAUCAAUAAUUGCUUUUAGGUUUUUUAUGAUAGUUCUAGUGUAGUAGUAUACUACAUUUAUGAUUGUAAACAAUUUUAUAUCAUUACUAUCAAUUUACUUUAUAUGCAUUGUGUGUCGUUUUUACAAUUUUUAAUCAAGAUCAAGUUAUAACUAGUUUGAUGGAUGAAGUCGAUUUUUUUGUUGAUAGAAAAUUAGAAAUAAGUAACACUAUUGUAGAAAUACAUUCUGUAGAGUGUCUUUUUCCAUCAUCAACAUGUAAAUCACUGUAUAAAUGCGUUUAUAAUUAAACUUCUGAAUAAAUGUCCUUUUAACUGUA